ACGCGAAAAACUUCCAGGUACAAUGGAUUUGGUAGAGUCGAGAGCUCCUACUAUGAUCUCUGGGCUGAGUACUACUUGAAGUUCUUUGAUGCCUAUCUGGAAAACAACGUCACAUUUUGGGGCGUGACCACGCAAAACGAACCUGUAGAUGGGCUGUUUGGUACCAGUGUACCGAAUAAUGGCUUCACUUCAUCUGAAAUGGUAAACUGGAUUAAAAACUCAUUUGGACCGACAAUUCGCAACUCCAGUUACAGCGAUUUGAAAAUCAUGGUGCAUGAUGACCAGCGGCUUUUAUUGCCACUCUUAAAAUACCAAGUAAUCAGUGAUAGCGACGUACUGGCAUAUGCUGAUGGCAUAGCUGUCCAUUGGUACACAGACUUUAUCACUUCAGCGUCGCUGUUAGACUUUGCUUCAAGUGACGAUAAGGAUUUGUUCCGUUUGGGCACUGAAGCAUGCAUAGACCCGACUACUGACCUCGGAGUAACUAUUGAUUUGGGUAGCUGGGCCCGAGGGGAGCGAUACUUUAAAAGUAUUAUCGAGGUAAACGUGUUUAACUUCUUUAAUUUUACGUGCUUUUAUUUGCCCGUUUUCUUGUUCUGUAUUAAUUGCACUAAUUGUUUUAUUGCUAUUCGAUCUGGGCGUUACAGAUGCAUUUAUUGAUUACUCUCCGCUGUU